AUGACUGAGAUGCUAGAAACCCCCGGCGGCGAGCCCUUUCCUCCUCUCGCCGAUGUCGCCGCCGCCGCCGCUCCCGAUGCCUCCUCCUCCAAGCUCUCCAGCCGUCAGAGAUUCCUCCGAGGACUCCGACGUAUGUCCUCGUCGCCGUCCCUCACCAACCUCCGCCGGCCCCGUUCCACCAGCUGUCCCUACCAUAGCAGCUCCCGACUUCCUCUAUCCUGCACUAGCCUCGCCGGAGUCCCCCCCCAGCACCUUCGACCCGGAACACCACAACCUUCGCCGCUCGCCCGAUCCGACACCCCAGACGUCGAGUUCCCAUUUCACGACUGCCUCGAGGAGCAACCCGGUGUCAGGGCCGUCCGUGUCAUACCCGCCUCCACACCCUCGACUGCCUUGCUGCCCGCCGACCUUCGCGCCCAGGCGAAACCAGUCUCCAAGCCACCCUUUCCAUUCUGGGACAAUAUGCCCCAGGAAUUACGCAUUGCGAUUUUCUCUCAUUUGCCGCCCAAAGAGCUCGUCCGUGUCUCCCGUGUCAGCAAGACCUUUUACAGGUUUUGCUUUGACGGCCAGCUCUGGACCACCUUCAACGCUUCGGAAUUCUACCAAGAUAUCCCUGCUGAUUCCCUGGCUCGGAUCAUCAUUUUCGCUGGACCGUUCAUAAAAGAUCUCAACCUUCGCGGCUGCGUUCAGGUCGAGCACUACCGACGCACCGAGGCCGUUGUCAAGGCAUGCAAGAACCUCAUAAACGCUACCCUCGAAGGCUGCCGCAACUUCCAAAAGACGACUUUGCACAGCUUGAUCCAAUCUAACGACAAGCUGGUCCACCUCAAUCUGACUGGUCUCUCUGCCGUAUCCAACUCCGCCUGUCAAAUCGUCGCUGAAUCUUGCACUCAGCUGGAGAGUUUCAACGUGUCCUGGUGCCAAAAGGUCGAUGCCAAGGGCAUCAAAACCGUCGUUGACUCGUGCAAACGUCUGAAGGACCUACGCGCCGGCGAGGUAAAGGGCUUUCACAACCUUGAGACUGCCGAGUCUAUUUUUAGAACCAACAACCUCGAGCGUCUGGUCUUGAGCGGCUGUGCCGACUUGACUGACGAAGCACUCAAGAUCAUGAUGCACGGCAAGGACCCCGAAAUCGACAUCCUCACCAACAGGCCCGUGGUUUCCCCGCGAAAGCUACGACAUCUAGACCUCAGCAAAUGUAAGCACCUUACAUCCGCGGGAGUCAAGGCCAUUGGCUAUGUCACACCUGAGCUAGAAGGCCUGCAGCUGUCGGGCUGCAAGAACCUGACGGACGAGGCCUUGGAACCGAUUCUUGCCUCCACACCUCGCCUCACACAUCUCGAGCUCGAGGACCUCGCCCAUCUAACCAACUCCCUACUUUCCGAACACCUUGUCAAAGCGCCAUGCGCUGCCUCCCUCCAGCAUCUCUCGCUGAGCUGCUGCGGAGACAUUGGUGACAUCGGCGUCCUGCCCGUUAUGCAGACCUGUACCAAGCUCCGCAGCUGCGAACUUGACAACACGCGCAUUAGCGACCUCGUCCUUGCCGAGGCCGCCACCACCGUCGCUAAGCGUUCCCGGCGUUCCACGCAACCGCUUCCCCCGACCGUAACGCUGUCCCUCGUCGUCUACGACUGCCACAAUGUAACAUGGGCCGGCCUCCGCGAGGUGCUCUUCCGCAACACCCAGGUCAAGGUCAAAUCGGUCGGCGUCACAUACCCGAGUGAGGUCAUCGAGCUCAAGUGCUUCUACGGCUUCCAGAUGACCGUCAACGAGCACCACAAGCGUGUCAUGCGUGCCGACUUUGCCGCUGCCGCUCGCCUUGAGCGCAAGUCGGCCGACUACAUGCAGGCCACCGAGGAGGCUGGCACCGUCGGUGCGGGACAAAGUCGGCGCCGACGGCGUGCACGCCAGACGCACGCGCUGCACCUCGACGAGGAGGACGGCGUCAUUGGAAGACGGCGAGCCCGUACCAUAGGUUCCUGCAGCGUCAUGUAA